GUCACAGCGUUAUUAAGACAUCCAGUUCAAUGUUGGCCCCGGGAGAUUUUUUUAUGGAUUAAAUUAAGUACUUCCAUCUUCAUUUCCCACCUGAUCGCAGCCAUAUAAAUCCCAACAGCUGAUCAACAGACUUCAGAAAGCACGACGCCUUCCGACGGAGCAGCUGCGAGAUAAAGCAGAUCGCGCGGACGCAAACUCAGCUGUUUCCCUUUCCUUUUUGUGUCUUUUGGCUUAUAAGAGCAUUUCGGAAACAGGAGGACUAGUUAUUUGAAACUUAAAACUUGAACCUGGAAGACUGGAUCGUCGUUAAGAAUCCCAGAGGAAAGAGACACAGUAAAGGGAAGAGAAACGGAGCGAGAUUCUGUGUGCGCUGUCCAGUGCUGAAGACGCGCCGCCGCCGAACGAGAGCUGUCCAGUGCUGAAGUUGCAUUUCUGCCAAGAGCGUCGCUGCGUUGCGUCGCGCUGCAUCAACAGAAGCGCAAUCAGGGGCUCGAGGGUCCGCCGUAACCCUGUGCUGGCAUCCGAAUUUCGGCGUAACCGAAGAGGAACUAUAUAAUACGCAAUUGCCGCCAGCGUUGCAUGAGGAAAACGAGAGAUUCGACCGGCGGACGAGUGCUUUUUUCUUCAACCUAAAACAUGCCAAGGUCUUUCCUGGUCAAAAAGGUUAAACUUGAUGAUUUCUCAUCCGCGGAUUUGGAGAGCUCGUAUGGCAGAUCGAGAGCAGACAUCAGCCUCCGCUUUCAUGAGAAAGGAUACAUCAGAGACUACCUGACCCCAGCCGUGUACGACGGCGAAAGUGACAAUGGCAUUAAAGUACCAUCCCCCGGACCCAUUUAUGACAGCAUCCAUAGCGAUUAUGGAGCCCCCGAUUCCGAUCAGCCGGACAGCCCGCAGUCGGAGAUCUCCUCUGGGUACAUUAACGGAGACAACGCCGUCAGCGAGGGAUACACCGUGGAUGCCUUCUUCAUCACGGACGGGAGAUCAAGGAGAAAAGCCAUCAGCAGCCCGAGAACUCUUCAACGGCACACGUGCAACGAGUGCGGAAAAACAUACGCCACGUCUUCCAACCUAAGCAGACACAAGCAAACGCACCGCAGCAUGGACAGUAAAAUGGCCAAGAAGUGUCCCACCUGCGGGAAGAUUUACGUCUCCAUGCCGGCCAUGGCCAUGCAUUUGCUGACCCACGAUCUCAAGCACAAGUGUGACAUAUGCGGUAAGGCCUUCAGUAGGCCGUGGCUUUUACAGGGACACAUGCGCUCGCACACGGGAGAGAAGCCUUUCGGAUGCGCGCACUGCGGGAAGGCGUUCGCCGACCGCUCCAACCUGCGCGCCCACAUGCAGACGCACUCGGCCUUUAAACACUACAAGUGCAAGAGAUGCGACAAGACCUUCGCCCUAAAGUCCUACCUGAACAAGCACUACGAGUCGGCCUGCUUCAAGGGAGCCUUUUCUCCCCUGAGUCCACUAGAUGAGUGAAAGAAACACUUAAUGACAUGAAGUCAACCGGUUGAUAGCACAUUUUUACUCGAUUUGUUGUCCAGCAGCAACAACAACUCCGAGGAAAUCAUGGAUUAUUCGCAUGUACCUUAACUUUUCUUUUUUUUUUUAGAGCAAACACACACAGACACACCCUCUCUCUUCUUCUCUUUUUCUGUCUCUGUUCACACAUUCAGAGCCAAAAUAUCAUCAGUUUUGCCAAAACUCAGAAGACAUUAAAAAUGUCUUUUAUUUCUUGCAAAAGGUCAAACCUUUUUUUAAGUUUUGGAUAAUAUUGUACCGCUGCCAGUGGCCACAAAAGUGUUCAGCAUUAAGGUAAAACUGUUUAUUUAUUGACUUAUUUAUCUAUUUAUUUAUUUUCUACGAACUGUGUAAACUCUUAAUUUGCACUUUAAUUUAUUGUUCAGUUGCCAAGCCUUCGUCAUUAAUAUGCCAAAGCAUUUGCCACUUUCUGAAUAUCUUAUUUUUGUUUGCCACUUUAUAAAUUUGUUGCAUGCAAAAAAUACUACUACUAAGCAAAUCUAUGCCAAUUUUAUGAAGCUUUGGACUUUUUUGCCAAAACCUAGAUAGCAUCCGUCGGCAAUAUUCCUCGGGAGUCACGAUGAUGAAUAGAGCAAUAAUGCAUGGUAUUUUUAAAAGCUAAACGAGUAAUAACUAUAGCGUUUUUAAUCACGAUUUUAUCCAAUACUAUCAGUAGUCGUUCAGAAGUUAAAUAUCAGGGAAAUGCCAGAGUAGUAUUAGCUGAUACUUCGACGGGACAGGGGUGGGAAAGGGAUUUAGGGUCCUUUUGUAAGUGGUUAUGCACUGCCUGCCUCUUAUUUAAUAACGUAGUUUUAGAAGUUCAUACUGCUGUGUGCGCGACGCAGGCCGCGGGGACGCGCUUUUCUCACGUGGAUGAGUUGACAGUGAGUUCAAACAGGUGGACAUCCUUCAUCCAAGCGAGAGUCUUUGAAAAGCACUUGUUUGAAAACAGUUUUUUUUUUUUUUGAAGAACAAUACAAAUAGUAGCACAAACCUUAGAGAUUCAGGUAGCCUGGCCUCGUGUUAGUCGAACCUCUGCUUUUGUAUCUACGGACACGGAGUAGCCUACUAACUGUUUAAUGCCUUGUAAAUACUCCUUUGGAAUCAAAUAUUUCUACAAGCUGUAAAGAAUCUAAUGAACUUAUUUCUGGACUUCUUUUCCCUGGGUGUUUUUCCCCAGCAUUUGAACAAUAUGUAAAGCACAAGUUACACCGGGCAUUUUCUCACUUCAUAAUAAAGAACAAAUAAGUAA